AUGACUAUCACCAACGAGUCCACUAACGGUAAAGCCACCCGUGUCCCAACCGACGACGUUGUCACUCAACUUGUCAACCGCAUCCUCCGGCUCGAAGAUGAGCGUGCCAUCGACAAGCUUAUGGCCCACCGCGCUUACCUUCACUCUGCUGGCCGCCACGACAUUGAGGUCGAGCAGCUCUGGUCAAAGCGCUCCGACAUCAUCUUUGAGCCUGAGGACUGGGGAGGGUGGACCGGUCACGAGGCAAUGCAGCAGAACUAUGUCAAGGGAAACCCGUUCCCGCCUACUACCAAGGGUCUCAUGAUUGAGCACACUCUCACCACUGGCAUCAUUGAGAUUGCCGACGACCGCCAAACUGCCAAGGGUGUCUGGAUCUCGCCUGGCCACGAGACCUUCCCCAUGGGUGACACCAUGCGUCCUCACUGGAGCUGGGGGCGUUACGCUGUCGACUUUGUGCGCGAGGACGGUGGUUGGAGGAUCUGGCACCUGCACGUGCUCACCACUUUCCGUACUCCCUAUGACAAGUCCUGGGUCGAGUCUUCGCUUCAGCGCCCGGAAUAUCUGCCGACAGAGGGCGAAGCCAUGCCGGGCAUGUCUGGUCCUGACCGCCCUGUCAGCUACAACCAGCCGUACUCGGUCAACCACCAGCCGCAGUACCAGCCGGUCCCCCCUGAGCCUUACAGCACCUGGACAGAGACCUUCUCAUGUGUGGAUGUUCACGACCACUCUAUUACACAUGCGGGUCGCCAGGCAGGUCUCGUGCCUCCCUUCCGGUCCGACGGUCGCACGACCCUGUGA